CUGAUACUGACAGCCCGGCCCAGGUGAUCCAGGGCCCAGGCCGGCUGAGCCAAUCCACAACAGAAUUUUGCGCAUGGUUUCCCUCAACAUGCAAUCUUUAAAAUUGUGGUGGAGAGAUUGUUCAUUGAGCUUGGUGGAGCUCGAAGCCUUGCAGCUUGGUUCGGAAUGCACAGGACAACGUUAUUUUGCCUGAAGAGUUUGUGGCAGACUUGGCAACAUGGCGCUGAUGACAUCUUCGCUGGAUAUGUUUGUGGUGUGUGUUUUGUUUGGAGUGCGGGUCGAGUCCCGUCUGCUUAACGCAAAUGGGACGGUGGAUGCUGAGGAGAUCUACACUGUUUGCACCGCCAACUUCCCUCCCUACGUGGCAUGCAUUGAGGGGGACUCGAGCCCCACAAAUUUUUCUGGCUAUUCCACGGAAAUGUUUAAGCGUGCGGCGAGCAAGCUAGGUUGGAAGGCCAAGAACUAUCGGCUUCUUUGUCUUCCCUUCAAUGACUUGGUCAAUGACUUGACGGACCCCGAUGGCACAUGCGACAUGGCGACAGCUGCCAUGACGGUCCAACUUGAAAGUAUUGAAAAAGGGAUCCAGUUUGCAUACCCAGACUACCACACAGGUCAGGGGCUGAUGGUUUAUACCAGUGGGGUCAAGACCAACAGGUGGCUGUUCCUGAAACCUUUCAGCUGGGUAGUCUGGUUGUUCCUAUUUCUCGCUGCGCUUGCGGUGGGGGUAUCGGCACGUGUGGUGGAGAUAAUAGCAAAACCGAAGGCAGCAGAGCCAUCAGAGGGCAAAGAAGACGAGAAAGCGGGCGUUGGAGAGCUUGUCUGGUCUGCGGGCGCGCAGAUCGUGAAUGCGGCCGAACCAAUGCAAGCCUUCUCUAUUCCGUCCCGGAUCAUCAUCUUCGUUUGGGCGUUUCUCAUCCUCCUAUUAGUGGCGAUGUACACCGGAAACGCCGCGGCAAUCCUGACGGCUUCAGCGGUCGACGUCAGCAUCCAGUCUAUUGACGAUCUCCAGGGGAAGAACUGGGGAGCCUACCAAUUCACGAUUGAAAUCAUGCACCUUAACGGGUGGAACCCCACAGUUUUAUAUGACCCGCAAACCGUGGCCGAGACGGACCACAUGCUCGACCAGCUGGAGAGCGGGGUCAUUGAGGGGCUCGUCUGGGACUGUGGAUUCGUGGAUUACAUAACGGCCACCCGGUGCAACUUUUACAAGGUCGGAGACUGCAUCACGGAGGACAACCGCGCGAUGGCGUUCUGGCAGAACGCCACAGCGUCCUUGGUCAACGCGUUCUCCACUGCGGUCCUGCAGCUCGAAGCGAGCUCGGAGCUGUCGCACAUCCACGAGGUGUUCAUCAAGCCGACGUCGACGAUCUGCGAAAGCGAGGCGGCCGGCGAUCAGCAGCAGGUCACGUUCAACCAGGUUUCCGGCCUUUGGAUUGUUCUCACGGCCACGAUUGCUUGGUCGAUGCUGAUGGCCUUCGUAGCUCGCCACGUAAAGCUGACGCAUCUGCACCGGCUGUACAAGAAAACUCUGUCCAGGGAAGUGGGCAAGGAGCUAGGAGAGAUUGACUUGAAGCAAGCCACAGUGAUUGACAACCCGGUCGCCUUCCACGGUCCCUGAAACUAUCAUGGCUUAACAGGGGCUCUGAGAACUGCGUAACGUAAGGUAUUGUAAAAUAUAUCGGUGAAUUUCAAUUGUAAUAACAAGUAUGUUUGUGCGAGAAGAUAAAAUGACACUCAACAUGAGGGACGGGAUCGACGCCUUCUUGGAGAGCGCUAGGUGGGCUCGGUCAAUACAGUCAAACGAGAGUACUUCCAGCUGGUUCUUGUCGCGAAAAAAGUUCCCUGGUGUGGGUUGUCUUCGAUUAGAAGGCAAUCGACUGAGUUAAGUUAGGCACACGAGACAGAGCAGUCGACCGCAUAUUGUAAGAAUUAUUGAAGAUAUGUUGAAGCUUGAAGUCCUAACCUAAUCAAAACGUCAGUUUUGAGGACGUCAGGACAUGCUACAAUACUAGAGCGGACUUGUGAUACGACAUACUGUUAUUCACAGAAUUGAGUACCAGGACAACUAUAUGCGUGUCUGUAAUGCAUCUGUCCCUCGGCCCGGUAGCACUGUGGGAGGUGACAGUCAUUCUGCUUGCAUAAGCUUAUAAAACUUGACAGCUGCUUAUUUGAGGACCAAGCUGCAGGCCGCACGGCCGCCCAGACCAAAAUUGUCUUGGCGUGUUCAGAUCAAGUGCA